UUUUUUUUUUUUUUUUUUUUGAAAAAUUUAUUUUUUCAUCUUUUCUCUACAUUAGUAUCUCGAAUAUUACCUCUCAUGCUUCAUACUACCCGUUCUUCUUCAACAUCAUCCCCUCCUACUCGUCCAACUGUCUUUCCUUCCCGUACUAAUAGUCGUCAAUACCUUCAGUCACAGCAAAAGAAACAACAUUUACCUGUAUAUCCUUCUUUAAGUCAUCAUACGAGUAGUACCACCGAUAAUUCAUCCAUCACAACAACAACUACCACUACCACCACAACAACAAGUACCUUGUCUUCUUCCUUGUCGUCUACCACUACAAUUACUACGCCUCAACAACAACAGCAAGAACAACGUAAUAACUCUGAAAAUGUCAAGGUGGCAGUACGGUGUCGUCCACUAUCACAUAAGGAAUCUUUUGGAAAAGGUGAUAAUGCUUGGCAUAUUGAUACUAGUCUUGCAAAGAUACGACUUGCUGAAGGUGUGGUGAGGCGACCUUUACAACAACAACAACAACAAUCAUCGACUUCUUCAAUGAACACAGAAUAUCAUUUUGAUAACGUGGCCUAUGGUAGUGAUAAUAAUGCUUUAUACAAUACCAGUGUUAAGCCAUUGAUUAGUCAAGCUAUGAACGGAUACAAUGGUAGGAGAAAAAAAAGUCAAUAAACUUGGUUUGAGCGAUGAUAAUGGGAACUAAACAGUCUGUACUUUCUUAUAUAUAUAGCUACGGUCUUCGCCUACGGACAAACUGCUAGUGGAAAAACUUAUGC